AUGGCAAAUAACCUUACACGUACUUUUCUUGUCAGUUCAAGAGUCGUACAAACAAGUUUUGUACGUACACUUGCUACUGGACAAGGAAAAAGUCCUAUGGAUUAUGUAAAACAAGGUGUUGACCAACUUAGUCAAGCAGCUGAAAAAGUCAAAGAAGCUGCUAGCAAUGCUACAUCAACUGUUGUUGGUGCUGUUACUGGUGAUUAUAAUACUAGUAAAUUAAUAAAUAAAAAAGUUGAAGAUGCUAAAAUACAUGGUAAUCGAGCUGCUGAUAAUUUUCGAAAUGCAGCUGACGAAGCACAACGUCGUUCUGGAUAUGAAACGACAAGCAGCGGUUCAUCACGUUCCGAUAAUUUCACGAGUGGUCAGACAACCACUGAUAAAAUUAAAGACAAAGCAAAUGAAUAUGUUCAACAAGCAAAAUCAACAGCUAAUGCAGCUAGUUCAACGGCUAAAAGUUAUGCUAAUCAAGCUGCUAAUAAAGCUCGUGAAGUUGCUGAUGAUGUUGCCAGUUCUACUAAAAAUGCAGCUAAUAGAGCAUCUGAAUGGGUGAAAGAGACCAAAGAUGAGCUAUCAUCAGAUUCUAAACGUAAUGCUGAUGCAGCUAUUAAUAAAGCUCGCGAUACAAUUAAAAGUGGUGCAGAUAGUGUCAAAUCAGGUGCUAAUAAAGUUGCUAGUGAAGCCAAAAGGUCCUUUGCAUGUUAAUAUUCUUUUUGAAAUUAACUAUUUUUCUCGUAUUUCUUUAUUUCAGUAAACAAGAACGAAGUUGAUCAUUGUUAAUUAUUUUUCAUAUCGUUCUAUGACUUCUUCACAAAUAUAGUCAAGCAAUCAUUAGAAACAAUCGUAUAUAUUGUCCUA